CGGGUCUGUGGUCAGUGCGUUCCCGCGCCGCGCCCAACCGCCGCCGCCGCCUUGUGGGGGGAUGCCGCGCUGCAAGGAAGGGCUGGCGAGCGCUGCUGCCGCCUCCGCCUCGUAUGUGGUGGGGGUCGAUGUGGGCAGCACGACGGUGCGCUGCCACGUCUACGACAAGAGGGCCGCAGUCAGAGGCUCCAGCAGCAAGAAGGUAGAAACACUUCAUCCUCAUCUUGGCUGGGUUGAACUAAAUCCUGAAGUUCUGUGGACUCAGUUCAUGGAUGUAAUAAAAGAGGCAGUACAAGCUGCAGGACUACAAAUGAAUCAAAUUGCUGGUCUUGGCAUCUCAACACAGAGAGGAACUUUCAUUACGUGGAACAAGAAGACAGGAAAACCAUUUCAUAAUUUCAUAAGCUGGCAAGACCUAAGAGCUGCUGAACUCGUAAAUUCCUGGAACAGGUGUCUCAUAAUGAAGGUAAUCCGUGUUAUUGCUACAAUACUUCACUUUUUUACUCGGAACGAUCGAUAUGUGACUGCUAGUUCUUUGACUUUCACAACACAUCAUGUCUCUUUGAGGCUGUCCUGGGUUUUACAAAACAUAACCGAGGUACAACAAGCAGCCAAUGAAAAUAACUGCUGCUUUGGAACAGUUGACACGUGGCUGUUAUAUAAACUCACCAAAGGUUCUGUGUAUGCUACAGAUUAUUCAAAUGCCAGUUCAACAGGGGUUUUUGAGCCCUUUCAGAUGUGUUGGAGUUCUGUUUUGAGCAAAUUAUUUUCAAUACCGAUGUCUAUAUAUCCUCCAGUAGAGGACACAAAUCACAGCUUUGGUUCAGUUGAUGCUGAAAUAUUUGGGGUACCUAUUCCAAUAGUGGCUUUGGUAGCUGACCAGCAGGCAGCCAUGUUUGGAGAAUGCUGCUUUCAUCCAGGAGAUGUUAAACUUACCAUGGGAACAGGUAUCUUUUGGGAUGUUAACACUGGGAACCAUAUUCAUACACCUAGCGCAGGUCUGUAUCCACUGAUUGGUUGGAAGAUUGGGAAAGAGGUGGUCUUCUUAGCUGAAGGCGACACAUCAGACGCUGGCUCUACCAUAACAUGGGCUAAAGAGUUAGAUCUUUUCACCAGUGUAGAUGAGACAGCAAGAAUGGCACGAGGUGUGGUUGAUUCUGAAGGAGUUUGUUUUGUUCCAUCUUUUAGUGGUUUGCAGGUUCCUGUGAAUGACCCUUAUGCAUGUGCCUCCUUUAUGGGGCUGAAACUUUCCACUACCAGAAACCAUCUUGUACGAGCUAUAUUGGAAUCUGUCGCUUUUAGAAACAAACAGCUGUAUGAUACCAUUGUGAAAGAGGUGCGGGUUCCACUUACAAAUAUUCGCGCUGAUGGAGGGAUCAGUAACAAUAGUUUUAUCAUGCAGAUGACUUCUGACUUAAUUAAUAAGAAGAUAGACAAGCCUGUAAACACAGAUAUGUCUUGUCUUGGAGCUGCUUUUCUAGCAGGUCUUGCUUUAGGGUUUUGGACUGACAAAGAACAACUAAAGAAACUGAGGCGAACUGAAAUUGUUUUUGAGCCUCAGAGGGACUCUGGAGAAUACAAACUUGCCAUGGAUAAUUGGACAAAAGCAGUACAACGUUCCUUGAAUUGGUACAACCAGACAUCAUACUAAUGGAAGAGUUCGCUUUUUUUAAAUGGCCAUCUAUUAAUGAAACCUUAGAAUUUAUAGAACAAUAAAAAUUAAACCAACACAUUUUUGAAUGGAGUUUACACUUGGUUCUGUUGAAUUUCAGCAACCUCCCUACUUCUGUUACAUUACUUACUACUGCAUUUUGACCCAUCACAUCCUCCUUGCUAUACCUGUUGAUCAGCUGCAGCAGCCAUGUCCCUUUGGUGACCUGAGGGUGCGCAGGAAUCUUGAAUGCCACUGCCAUGUCUGGAGUAUAAGAUGCUUGAUGGUCUGUGGGGACUAAGGACACUUAUCCCAGAUAUGGUGAGCAAGGGUGGGGAGAUGUGGCAAAAGAUGCUUCUUGUUUGCCUUGUCAGAUGGAGAUUUGAUUAUAAUUUGCUCUGCACUGGGAUACACUUUGAGAUCACUUACAAACUUAACCCAAUGCAGAAUUUAGCUGUCUUUCUUAUUGUCAGGGAAUUUUCCAUGAGGGGUUCUUCUACUUUGGAACUCAGUUCUCCCUUGGUUUGAAAAAGCCUGAAUUUCUUAACCUUCAGGGCAUGCUGCAAGGCAACUCUAUUUCGAUGGGCAUUUCUGGGAAGAACAAGGUGAUUGCAUGUGGGAUUUUAUUACUUAUGGUAGACUUCAUUUAGUAUGGGUACUUUAUGUAUGGGUAUGUGUUGCUGACUAUGAGCUAAUAUGUUACUUCUUAAUUGACUAGACAGAAUCUAUAUUUGUAACUAGUUUUUUGUCCAUGGUGUGUGUUCGUUUGUACAGUGCCUAGUGCUUAGGCACUAUAUUAAGUCUAAAUAUAAAUACUGUGGAUCAGUACUACAUGAAAUCAUUUCAUUCCAUGAUUUUUAUAACUAAUAGUUUUUCUCUGAUAUGCAGCUGAACAAAUCUUUAAUUUUGUAAUAAGUCAGUCUUAUUGCACUGUUGUUAAUUAAUGCAAAUAGCAGUUAAAAGUAAUUACAUAUUGUAUCCUAUUUUUUAAAAAGUAUAUGUAUUAAUGUUUUCUAAGCCAUCAUUAUUAAAUUAUAUUGUGCUAAAGCAGAGCCAAACAUACUUUGUUUCUGAAGACAUACUUUACUGUUACUAUUUUUAAAAAUGGAAUAAAAAUUAUAAUGCAUAUAACGUAGUAAGUUUUAUAAUUUAUAGCAGCAUCUAGCUAUAACUAAGAGUCUUUAAUCAUUUUCAUUAUAACCCCUUUUUGUCAAGAGUAGCUCAACUGCAAAAUGUAUUCCAAUCUUAACAUUCUUUAAAAAAUUAAAACUUAUUAGCUCUUGAUCUAUGUGCACUACUUGCUUUUAGCUUCUUUUAAGAAUAGAU